AUGUCGAAAAUUAGAAUAGCUAUUGACAGAGGUGGAACUUUUACAGAUUGUAUUGGUAACCCAGGGUCUGGAAAACCAGAAGAUGAUGUUGUGAUAAAAAUUCUAUCUGUGGAUACUAAAAACUAUCCGGAUGCUCCUUUAGAGGGUAUCAGAAGAAUAUUGGAGAUUUUCCAAGGGAAAGAAAUUCCAAGAGGAUUCCCUCUUGACUUGUCUGAGGUUGAAAGUCUCAGAAUGGGAACCACGCUCGCCACGAACUGUGCCCUUGAAAGAAAUGGAGAACCAUGCGCUUUUGUUACAACUAAGGGUUUCAAGGACUGUCUUUUGAUCGGUGACCAGACUAGACCCAAAAUAUUUGACUUGGCCAUCAACCGUCCGGGUCCGUUAUACGACCUUGUGAUCGAGGUUGAUGAAAGAGUAACUCUCGAGGAUUUCUCUGAAGACCCCGAUAAUGUAAGAUCCGAUCCCAACUCUGACGAAGGAACAGUUGUUGGCAAAAGCGGCGAGAUUGUAAGAGUUUUGAAAAAACCCGAUGUAUCUGCCUUGAGAAUCGCCUUGGAAGCGGCCUACGCAAAAGGCAUUCGCUCCAUUGGCAUUGCCCUGCUUCAUUCGUACACAUUUCCUCAGCAUGAAGAAAUGGUAGCGGCUGUGGCUUCUGAAAUUGGCUUCACCCACGUCUCAUUAUCAUCGCAAGUCUCUCCGAUGAUCAAAUAUCUACCGAGAGCAAACAGUGCGGUGGCGGAUGCUUAUCUGACGCCUGUAAUAAGAAAAUACUUGAAUGCUUUGAAGGCUGGGCUCAAGAAUACGCACAACACAAGCAUACAAUUCAUGCAGUCUGACGGCGGCUUGGCCGAAGGCAGUAAGUUUUCAGGAUUAAAAUCAAUUCUCUCGGGUCCUGCUGGCGGCGUGAUUGGAUAUUCUGCAACAUGUUACGACCCUGAAACUAACGUUCCACUCGUUGGUUUUGAUAUGGGCGGAACAUCUACUGACGUUAGUCGAUUUGGAGAUGGGAAACUAGAUCACGUAUACGAAACAACAACUGCCGGAAUAAUUAUCCAGAGUCCACAGUUAGAUAUCAAUACUGUUGCUGCUGGUGGGAGUUCAAUGCUAUUUUGGGAGAAUGGUUUGUUUAGGGUGGGCCCAGAAUCCGCAACAGCAGAACCAGGACCAGCAGCUUAUCGCAAAGGUGGACCCUUGACAGUGACAGAUGCCAACUUACUCCUGGGUCGAUUGGUUCCUGAAUUCUUUCCAAAAAUCUUUGGUCCAAAUGAAGAUGAGUCGUUGGAUUUAGAAAUCACAAAACAAAAAUUCAAAGCUCUGGCCGAAACAAUCAAUAGUGAUCUAGGCGCUACAUAUUCAGUGGACGAUGUCGCGUAUGGUUUUAUUAAGGUUGCUAACGAAUCUAUGGCUCGGCCUAUCAGAUCUCUUACGGAAGCGAAAGGACAUAUCAUUUCUAAUCACCAGCUUGUCACUUUUGGUGGGGCUGGCGGUCAACACGCUGUUGCAGUAGCAGAAUCAUUGGGAAUUGAUACAGUUAUUGCACAUCGUUAUUCUUCAAUCUUAUCGGCUUACGGUAUGUUCCUUGCCGACGUAGUCGAAGAGAAACAAGAGCCCUGCUCCCUCGUUUUGCAACAUUGCCAUGCUCAACAGCAAGUUGAGAAUAGAUUUAAAGCUAUGAUUAAAGCGGUCACUAUAAACUUGCUAAAGCAAGGAUUUGCAACAGGUGAUUUAGUCUUCGAAAAGUAUCUCAAUCUGAGAUAUGAAGGCACUGAAACCAGUUUGAUGAUUUUACAAACCAGCUCUAACUGGAGUUUUAACGAAGAUUUUACUAUGUCACACAGAAGAGAAUUUGGAUUUGUGUUCAGUGAUAGGUCUAUUGUAAUCGAUGACGUUAGGGUGAGAGCCAUAGCAAAGUCACCCGUGCGCUCAACACAGUCCAUUGCCAAAGAGAUGGCUAGCUGUCCAUUAGCCGAAAUCGAUGUUGAAAAAGAGGUCGCUUUUUACAAAGAUGUCUUUUUUGAUGACGAACGGAAGAAGACGCCAGUUUUUCGUAUUGAUAACAUGCCAGCUGGUAGUUUGAUAAAGGGACCGUGCAUUUUGGCAGAUGGAACCCAAACUAACAUCAUUCCAUGUAAUGCAUUUGCAACUGUCAUGAAUUCGCACAUCGUAGUAAAUAUUACGUCAAAGACCAAAGAGGAUAAAAAGAUGACAAAAGAUAGCGUUGAUCCCGUUUUACUCUCUAUCUUCGGCCACAGGUUCAUGGACAUAGCGGAACAGAUGGGAAAUCAAUUAAAGAAAACUUCAGUGUCUACUAAUGUCAAAGAGAGACUCGAUUUCUCAUGUGCACUCUUUGAUCCGGAUGGCAAUCUGGUUGCAAACGCUCCACACGUGCCUGUACAUUUGGGUUCAAUGUCUACUUGUAUCUCUGCACAAGCAAAAAUAUGGGAGGGCAAACUGAAAUGCGGUGAUGUUCUAGUAACUAAUCAUCCUGAAGUCGGCGGGACGCACCUUCCCGAUAUUACUGUGAUAACACCCGCAUUUGCCGAUAAUGGUAAAGAUGUAAUUUUCUAUGUUGCUUCAAGAGCUCAUCACGCAGACAUUGGGGGGAUUUUACCAGGAUCAGUUCCUCCAAAUUCGAAACAUCUUUUUGAAGAGGGUGCAGCUAUCUAUUCUGAGAAACUUGUAAAGGGAGGAAAGUUCGACGAAGAGUUGAUAGUAAAGCUUCUUGUUGAAGAACCUGCGAAACAUCCGGGCUGUUCAGGUUCUAGAAAAAUUAGCGACAACAUAAGUGAUCUUAAAGCUCAAAUUGCUGCAAACACAAAAGGAAUUCAACUUAUUGCGAAGCUAAUGAAAGAUUUCGGAAUUGAUGUGAUUGUAAAGUACAUGUUGGCCAUUCAAGAAAAUGCCUCCACAACAGUAAAACAUGCCCUCAAACAGUUGACAGAACAUUUCGGGGCUACAGAAUUUUCAAACGAAGACUAUAUGGAUGAUGGUACUUUAAUAAAGCUAAAGGUCACAUUGAAUAUCGAAAAGGAGGAGUAUAUUUUCGAUUUUGACGGCACUUCGCCUCAAGUUUAUGGUAACUUAAACGCCCCUGAGGCUAUAACAAAUUCUGCGAUUCUUUAUUGUUUACGCUGCUUGGUGAACGAAGACAUUCCUCUAAACCAAGGUUGUCUUAAGCCGAUAACCGUCAAAAUACCAAAGGGUUCUAUUUUGAGCCCUACGAAAGGUGUUGCAGUCGUUGGGGGGAACGUUCUCACAUCACAAAGAGUUACAGACGUUGUUUUGAAGACUUUUCGAGUUAUGGCAGACUCUCAAGGCGAUUGCAAUAAUUUCACGUUUGGAACGGGAGGGAAAGACGCAAACGGCAACGUCUCUAAUGGUUUUGGAUAUUAUGAGACAAUUUGUGGCGGUCACGGGGCCGGUGGAGACUCUUGGCGAGGACCAGGCUGGAAUGGCGCCCAUGCUGUUCACACCAACAUGACAAACACGAGAAUGACAGAUGUCGAAAUUUUCGAGAGAAGGUAUCCUGUUAUUUUACGCGAGUUUUCUAUUAGGCAAAAUUCCGGCGGUAACGGAAAAUAUGUUGGAGGUAAUGGUGUCGUGAGAGACAUUAUGUUUCGAAAACCCGUCCAGGCCUCUAUUUUGUCAGAGCGCCGUGUUAUUGGACCGCAUGGGAUUGAUGGUGGCCACGAUGGUGCCCGAGGCAUCAAUUUAUGGAUACGUGAACCCUCAGGAUCCGUAAUUAAUAUUGGGGCCAAAAACACGAUCAAAGCUCAAGCAGGCGAUCGUGUUGUGAUCAUGACACCUGGCGGUGGAGGCUGGGGAUCGGCAGGUGCAAGCUGCUGUAAGCAAUUGAAGUCGUGA